AAAGCUCGUUUAUUUCAGCAGGACCAGUGCUGUGCGUGCAGUAGUUUCUCAUGGCUUGAGCAGGAAGUGUAGCUCCACAAACUGCGCAUGUUCGCGCAAAGCCUCUCGCUAUGUAAGGACCGAGCGCGGGCUAAACGAGUUGAAGGAGAGCGUGGUCGAUGGCAGAGACAGAAGUCACUGUGUCCGUGGAGGACAUGGUGGAGGUGAAGAGCGCUGAGGAAGAGGAUGCAGAUCCUGACAACCAAAGCAAGACUCAGAUGAUCCUGCAGCUGCAGCCCAUCACAGCUGGGCUUGGAGAUGAAAGCAGUGAGACGGAUGCUGCAGUUGUGGCUGUGGAGACACAAGAUGAGGCGUCUGCUGAAGGAGAGGGUUUGGAGCUUGGUUAUCCCAUUACAUGCGGCGAGAGUAAAGCCAUCCUUCUAGUCAAGAAGUUUGUCUGCCCGGGAAUCAACGUCAAAUGUGUGAAGUAUGAGGAUCAGUUGAUUAGUCCGAAGCAGUUUGUGCACUUGUCGGGGAAAGCCACCUUGAAGGACUGGAAGCGAGCGAUCCGGAUGGGUGGCGUUAUGCUCAGGAAGAUGAUGGACUCGGGUCAGCUGGAUUUCUAUCAGCACAGCACUCUCUGCACAAACACCUGCCGCAGCACCAAGUUCGACCUGUUGAUCAACAACACACGCUUCCCACCGGACGGCAGUGGGCUCAGCACACCCACCACAGCUCGGGGGCAUGUUUCUGUGGGUAACGGAGGUCAGACGGCCACAGCAGAGGAGAAGAAAGAAGACGUGAUCGGUACGGUGGAGUGGAGCACAGCUACGGUAGAAAGCCCAGAGAAAGGAGACUCGCCUGAUAUCUCAGAUGAGACGCUGAGUUUCUGGAGGGGCAUUGCUGAGGUGGGGCUGAUGGGGGAGGUGGUGUCUAAUAUCCACUCAGAGCUGCUGAGUCUGCUGAGAGGAGUUCAGCUGCGCACGGAUCAGAGCUCUCUACAGGACGCAGAGAUUGCGGUUCUGAGUAACCUGGCACAAGUCUUUGACCUGCUGGACUCCAUCAAACAAAUUCUGAAUGUUCGACGGCAAAUGACGGACCCGGAGCAGACGCAGGUCCUCAGAGCACUGACAGCAUUGGAACAGCAGGUGGAGGAGCAGAAGCGGCAGCAGACGCUCAGCUGGUUGUCUCAAUCCCAGGCCCUCAGCAGUCUGGUUCUCCCCUCCACGCCUCCAUCCAAACGCGCUCCCAAACGCCCCCGCCUCCAGCGGCCCGCCUCCAUCACCGUGCUCUCCCCCAUCACACUCUCCUCCAUCGGCCAGUCGUUCGCAGUGGCCGGCCUCAACCAAGCCUCCAACACUGUAACCCUACACGCCCUCCCGGCCGGCUCGCAGCUCUUCACCAGAAUCGCCGCGGGUUCGGAUGGAAAAACCGAAGCCAUUGCGCUCCAUCCGGCGUCUGGGCUCACGCUGCUGGGCGCCACAGCCGUGCCGGACCACGGGCAGCUUGUGAGCCCCGUCGAGCUCGUCCAGUUCACGCAGAAGACGACCUCCGGCGUAGCCCAGGACGGUCAGGUGGUGGACGGUACGGUAAUGAUGCAGGAGAGUGUCGUCAGUGUAGUGCAAGAGGACGAGAACCAAGACAACACCACCCUGAUCGAGAUAGACCCGGCCACCGCCGACCACAGCAUGAGCGUCAUGGAGCUGCAGCUGGAGGGCGAGGAAGCCGAGGGUGGAGCGACUGUGGUGGAAGGAGGCGAGGAGGUGGUGCAGGGCGAGACAGAGAAGGCGAUACAGCUGGAUGCCAAUGGUCAGUUCCACAAUUUGCCCGUUGUAGUGGUGGAGGAAGAGACGCAGGGCGCUGGCAAAGCCAAAUGAGACACGACACACUCACACGAACCGCCCUCAGAGACUGACGGACCGAAUCAGACAGGGACAGGGAUUGUGUCGCCCCAGGUGGAGUUUGUGUUUGCCCUUCCAGCUGUCUUGUUUUUUCAUUACUCUCUUCCUGCACAGCCAAGCUCAGCUCUUCAAGCCUGACUUGUCAUGUAUUUGUACAAGCAAGUUCAGUAUUCCUUUUUUUUUUUUCGUGCGAGAAGCAACAAUUUGUGAAGUUUCGUUGGAACACAUUCAGUAUUUGCUUUUGUUUUUGAGUGUGGAAGUUUAGAUUGGGCACUUAUUUUUCAGUUUCCCUUUGUUUCGGUGCCAAAAUGUCAUGUUGUAGCCAGAUUAUCCACUUUGUGAAUCUCCGAUCUGAAGGUGAAGACUCACAGUUCAUGUGGUAUUUAAGACACUCCCAUAAUGAGAAUUGACACUGUCUGUGGUCUUUUUGUACUUUCUGACAUCAGGGUAUAAAUGGCACUAAUGUUGGUGAUGUUUUAGCACAGUGGUUUUUAACUCCGGACCUGGAGACUCACAGCACUUCAGUUCAUGCAGUGCUCUGCUAGUGAUAUUAGAGUCUGAAUUGUGUGUAAAUAAAGGAGGUGAAAGUGCAGUGCUUGGGUUCCCAGGAUCAGAGUUGAGAUCCACACCGUUAGCACACAUAAUGAAAGAUGUGUUAUGAAUGUUUGUGAAUGGAUCCUGUGUGUCCUUCACUGAAAAUAAAACGGAUCUUCCUUUCCCCAUGA